AGGGGGGGCUGGCGCGCAGGCGCACUGCGGGGCGCCCUCUCACCCGGCGCAGCUAUGCCAAGUAUGUGCGCGGCGGCCGCGCUGCGGGAGCGGGGCGCGCGCCGAGCCACGCCGGCCAUGGGGCAGCGCGGCCCGCCGCUCCCGCCGCCGCCGCUGCCGUUGCUGCCGCCGCCGCCGCGCAGGGGGGCCGCGGGCGCCCGGGCGCCGCGGGGCAGCGCCUGCUGAGGGAGGCGGGAGGACCCAGGCAUGGCCGAGCCGCUCCGCAGGACUCUCUCCAAACUCCGGGGCCGGCGGUCCCAGCGCGGGGCGGCGGCGGGAGCCGCGCACCGCCACGGCGGGGUCUGCGCCCCGCAGGAUUUAAUUGAAAAUGUUUAUAUAGCUUCAAGAAGCAGGAGAGAACCUAAAACUCCUAAGGCAAAUGAAGUCUCUGAGCACAGGCCGCAGAUGAACAGCAUUACUGUUUCGAAGAAACGCAACUGGCUGCACCAGAGCACUCUCAGAGCUCCUCAUACGGAAGAAGAAAACACAUGUAAGAAAAUGCAAGGGGCUGUUAUCCAGGUACCUAAAUCUCCCAGUUCGUUACCUGAAUCCAAAAUGCAGAGGGUUCCUUCCAAAUCACCCCUAGGGCCAGAAUAUCCCGUAAGAACCUACAGUUCUGCAAACGCCGUUCCAAACACUACGAGCUCUUUCAUAUGGAGAAACUGUACUCUGGACUUCAGUGAGGAUAACGAUGCAGAUGAUGAAGGAGAAAUAUGGUACAAUCCCAUCCCUGAGGAUGACGAGCCAGACUUCCCGAGAGCCCGCUCCUCUGUUGUGAAUAGCUCCGGUAUGGUGGACUCCCAAGCUGCCAGUUACAAAACCUUGUCUGGGAGUGACUGGGUUAAAGCUGGGGGGGCCCCCGAAGGCCCCCCGCACUCCUCAGAGCACGCGGGGGACAGUCAGACGGCUCAGCCCAGUGAGCUGAAUCCUGCUGAAGCCACACGUCCCCCAGAGCACGUGCAGCUGCACAGGCAGAGGUUUGUGGGCAAGACCCAGAGUGGGCCAGUCAUGGAAGACACUUCUCCAUUUAAAUAUUCUUCACCAGGAUCUGGAAUUGUACUUGCACCCAAGGCUGACAUACCACCAGCAGAAAUUUCUCCUCCAAGUCCCAGUCCUUUGAAAAAAGGCGGAUCAAUCAAUUGGCCUUUCCCUGAUAGAAUUAAAUCUCCCAGAACUGUGAGGAAACUUUCCAUGAAAAUGAAAAAGCUGCCAGAACUCAGCAGAAAGCUGAGUGUCAAGGGAACUUCAAGCCAUAAUAGUUCUGAUAAUCCUUCUUCCCUGCUGAAAGGUAACUGUCGGGAUACAAGCCAUACCACAUCUUUGCCAUCUUCCGGAAACUCAACAGCAGCUGCCAGCAGAAAUGUUAUAAGUCGUUACCAUCUCGACAGCAGUGUGUCAUCGCAACACACCUACAAAAAGAAAAGCACGAGGAGUUCCAAAUCCUCCAGCAAAGGUGGUUACCUCAGUGAUGGUGAUUCUCCCGAACUUAUAACAAAAUCGGGGAAACAUGGACCUGAAACCAAGUUUGGAAAAGGAAAAGAGACCCUUCCAAGCAACAGUAGUAAAACUGAAAUAGAUAUUGAUGCUUUUAGACACUACAACUUUUCUGAUCAGCCCAAGUGUUCUCAGUACAUCUCUGGACUCAUGAGCAUUCACUUCUAUGGUGCUGAAGAUUUGAAACCGCCAAGAAUAGACUCAAAAGACGUCUUUUGUGCAAUACAGGUCGACUCAGUAAACAAAGCAAGAACAGCCCUGCUUACAUGUAGGACAACAUUUUUAGAUAUGGACCACACGUUCAACAUAGAAAUUGAAAAUGCUCAGCACUUAAAGCUAGUAGUGUUCAGUUGGGAACCCACCCCACGGAAAAAUCGUGUUUGUUGUCAUGGAACAGUGGUUCUUCCUACUCUCUUUCGAGUGACAAAGACACAUCAACUGGCUGUCAAACUGGAACCAAGGGGGCUUAUUUAUGUCAAACUGUCACUCAUGGAACAGUGGGAGAACUCUCUUGAUGGUCUAGAUGCAGAUCGAGAGCCAGUGAUGUUUGGGGUAGAUGCUGGAAAAGUUGUUGAGAAGGAAAAUGCAGGCUUGAUGGUACCACUUUUGAUGCAGAAGUGUAUUCUGGAGAUAGAAAAGAGAGGCUGUCAGGUUGUGGGCCUGUAUCGAUUAUGUGGUUCAGCAGCAGUUAAGAAAGAGCUUCGAGAGGCAUUUGAGAGAGAUAGCAAGGCUGUUUCUCUCUGCGAAAACCAGUACCCGGAUAUUAAUGUGAUAACAGGUGUCCUAAAGGAUUAUCUGAGAGAGCUGCCCUCUCCCCUGAUAACCAAACAGCUGUAUGAGGCAGUGCUGGAUGCCAUGGUGAAAAAUCCCUUGAAAAUGACAGCAAGUGGUUGUGAAAAUGACCCAAGUGAUUCUGAGCACACAGCAGCCCUCCUGGAUUGCCUGCCAGAUGUUGAAAAGGCUACCCUGAAGAUGCUGUUGGAUCACCUGAAGUUAGUGGCUUCUUACCAUGAAGUAAAUAAGAUGACAUGCCAGAAUUUAGCUGUAUGUUUCGGUCCUGUGUUACUGAGCCAGAGGCAGGAGACCAGCAAUCAUAAUAACAGAGUCUUCACAGACUCAGAAGAACUUGCUAGCGCUCUGGACUUCAAAAAGCACAUAGAAGUUCUUCACUACUUACUCCAGCUAUGGCCAGUACAUCGUUCAACUGCCAAAGACCCAACACAUCUGAAUGCAUUUUCAGAGCACCCGUCAUCCCUGAAUUACCUGAGACCUAAGAAGCAAAGACCUCAGAUGUUGAAUUUGAGUGGUACUGAAAUGUCUGGGGUGCUUAGGCUAAGACCAGCAGGUCUAGACAGCCCUUCGAGUAACCGCUAUGCGGGAGACUGGAGUAGUUGUGGGGAAAACUACUUCUUAAACCCAAAAGAGAGCCCAAAUGAAGCAGAUUAUGAUGACGUCCCUUCGGAAGACACAGAAAGUGGGGAUGAUAGCAGCAAAGUUGAUGGGUCAGAUAACCUGAUGAAGCACACAGAGUCGAUCCCCAAGGAACACACUUUUCAGAGCUAUCUGACAAUGCAAGCGAUCGAUUCAGCAGUGGACCACAGAGCAAACCUCAAAGACCUGCAGGAAAGUAUUGAUACUCUGAUAGGAAACCUGGAAAGGGAACUCAACAAAAACAAACUAAAAAUGAGUUAUUAAUUCCUGUCCUGCAUGAUACUUCCUUCUACUUGCUUCUCUGCCCCUCACCUGGCUCCCCAUAAAGGCAUGUGGAGUGCCGGUUUCCAUGAAUGCAUCAUCAUAAGGCCAUGGUCCACCUUGAAUUAACAAAUCAAUUUUAAGACAUUCCAUUAUGUUUCAACAUUUUUGUUAGAAGAAUGUGUUGGCCUGAUCCUCUGGUGUUUGAGACAGAAACAUAGAGAACAUGAAGUGAUUCUACAAAGUGGUGGCAUUUUCUCCCUAAAAAUACUAUGCACUUAGGCAGUUUGGGCAAUAUCUGACAGACGAUAAAGCAACAUCUCUGCUAUUUGUAACAACAAUAGAACUCCUCGUUCCUGAGAUUUUAAUUCUGGUACAGAUGCUCCUCUCAGAAGAGGAUUAACGCUGCUUGGCCUGAGAUUUGCAGCAUGAACUUUAGAUAGACUCAUUUUACUAUAUAUGCAAUGGCUGCUAUGAGAAAUGCUUUAUAUAUAUAUAUAUAUAAAAUAUUUAUGUAUAAAGUUUUAAUUGUACAAAUAUUAAUGUAUUCAUGUAUUAACACUUUUCAGUAAUUAUUUAAACAAGCAAGAAUUAAAUAUUUUUCUAACCUUGUUUGUAUAUAUUUAUGUAUAAAUGUGCAUGUGUCUGUAGCCACCUUUGGAAAGGAAAAGAAUAAAAAUUACAUAAGGGUA